CCCGCGCCGUCAACAUCGUCGGGGUUUAUCUUUUUAUCCAAGUAAAUAACAACUUAAAUUAAAACGACUGACGAUACAAUAAAUAAAGGAUAGCGCGACCACGUUUUUGUUUCUCUUUACCGGGGGGGGGGCUUUCUUCAAUCUUGUGCAAACGUACGGCAACUCACCAUUUCAUCUGUAUAAAUACAUUUAUAUUUAUAUAUAUAUAUAUAUAUAUGCAUAGUCACGAAUAAAAUAUUGCUGAAGCGGAAAAACGGUCUCGAUAUCGCCGGCUCGUCGCGAUACACACAAAAUUCUUCUCGCUGGUGGUGCGUGGCUGUUAAAAAGUGUCGGGGGUAAAGCUCGUGGUAAAAGAGCCACAAAGUGUUUAAUCGAAGUGGAGUACACGCGCGCAGCGAGGAGACAAUGUUUCCAUCAAGAUUUUUACGAGCCUCGGUUGGAAAAAAUAUUUAAAAAUAUCCCAGCGAAGGACUGAAGCAUCGCGGCUGUAAAAUUGUCUCACUCGUCUCGACGCAUUCACAUAUAUGUCCACGGUAUUUGGAAUAGGCUAAAGUUCCGAGAUAAUCGAGUGCUGAAAAAGUGGCUAAACUCCCCGUGACACCUGCGACGAGAAAAAUUCUUCGUCGAUCGUGCGUCAAAGGAUAUUCGCCGGGCGGGGAAUCGAGCACAGGAAAAUACAGUGUCGGGUAGCAGCAGGGCGGGGGGAUCAGAAUAAAUGAAUAAAAGAAGCUGCAGAACGGAAGUGUGCCCAACGGGGCGUAAAAAGUGACGAAAAACAAGCCCACCGAAAAUUCGCGACGUACCACCGAGUGUCAUACCGUGGCUUUUCCUACUACUUUUUACACAUCGAAAUAUAACGAAGGGUCGAAAGAGAAGGAGGAGAAAAAAAAGGGAGAUCACCGAUGCCGAUGCUGGGAGGAGGCGCGCUACUGUUUUCACGUACUCUUUAUUAGUACGCGCACCUUUCUCGCUGUCUAUAUACAUACAUAUAUUAUAUAUAUACAUAUAUCCCAUAUGUAUAUAUAUAUAUAUGUAUGUAUGCAUGCAUUUGAGAGGCUGCAUCGCUCGCCCGAGUGAGAUAUUAAAAUUGAAAAAAGUCCAAGUGUCGGUAUCCGGCGGCAGAUGCCGGACAUUCGUGAGCCGAGUAUAGCGGAGGCUGACUCUCGAGUGGCCGCGACAUCGGACGAGCGCACGCCAAGGAGAAACGAAAACGUGGAGAAUAUUCCAAGAAACGAUACGACGUAUACCGAGUGCCUCAAGCAAAAAACCGAAUUUAGAUAAGCGAAAGGAUAGAAAGAAGGAGUUGAAAAGUACGGGGAUGAAAGAGGGGGGAUAGAAGCGCCGGCGACAACUGUCAUUUCCGAGUGCCACGUGGUCCGGCCGGGGGCGAAAGAGGCGCCGGGAAGGAAGGAGAGAAAAUAAAGGGGAAUGAAUGCUCGAUUCGUGAAAAAGGGAGUUUGUAAAAAGUGGGGAGUAAAGGAAACGAGGAUUGUGCGAAAAGAGGGUUGGAUGAUGGUUUUGGAAUAAAUUGGGAAGAAAAUAAGAGUCGAUUCGGAUUAAUGUGGAAGAGACGAGCGUUAACGAAGAUUUUUUUUGAUCGCGGUCGUCUUGCCUUGUGAAAAGUAAGAUUGUACUUGGGCCCGAGGGGAAAUAAGACCGGGCCCAUAAAUCUCGUUGUGCGCUGGACCAAGUACGAAAAUAUUUCGUGACUCGCGUCCUCGUUUGAGAUAAUUAUCCAUUAUUUUGGAGGCUGUCCCCCGCGACAGCCAAACGAGCCCGAAAGGUUGCUUAUUUGUGAACAUAAGAAUAGAGAAAAAACGGCAAGAUUGCACGAAAGGGGGUAGCGAGCGGGUUGCGGAGGGCCGGCGGCGGCGGGAGAAUCGUUGCCGAGAUUGGGGGUGCGAGCGUGAUGCAGCGGACGGGCACGGUCGGAGGGCACGUCGGCCAUGGACACGGCCAUCUAGGUCUUCAAGGACCACCGAGAAGUCUCAAGAUUUCUGCGUCGGUUAAAAUAAGGGACGAAUCCGGUGAUCCAAUCUCCCAAAGAAAGAGUUCGCUGUGCGUCGGGUGCGGUGGAGAAAUUCACGAUCAGUGGAUUCUGAGGGUAGCGCCCGAUCUCGAAUGGCACGCGGCCUGCCUAAAGUGCGCCGAAUGCAAGCAAUUUCUCGACGAAAGCUGCACGUGUUUCGUACGCGACGGCAAGACGUACUGCAAGCGUGAUUACGUUAGUUUGUUCGGUGCAAAGUGCGACAAGUGCAGUCAGUCGUUCAGCAAAACGGACUACGUUAUGAGAGCCAAGAGCAAGAUUUAUCACAUCGAGUGUUUUCGUUGCUCGGCCUGCAUGAGACGGCUGACGACCGGUGAUGAGUUUGCAUUACGACACGACGGUUUAUUCUGUCGACACGACCACGACGUACUCGAGGGUGGUAAAUUGUGUACCGUAACCGCACCCAGCAACGAGAACAACAAUAACGCUUCUCUCACCAACAACAAUCAUCAUCUCCAUCCCAACGACGGAUCUCUCUCGGACUCGGGAUCGGAAAGCGGUUCCCACAAAGCUUUGAGCGGGCCUCGCGGCUCCGGUGGGCACAAGACCGGCGGCGGUUCCGACGGCAAACCUACGAGGGUGCGAACAGUUUUAAACGAAAAACAAUUGCACACACUGAGAACGUGUUACGCCGCGAAUCCUCGGCCCGACGCUCUCAUGAAGGAACAACUCGUCGAAAUGACCGGCCUCAGUCCCCGGGUCAUCAGGGUGUGGUUCCAGAACAAGAGAUGCAAGGACAAGAAAAAAACAAUCGCGAUGAAGCAACAAAUGCAACAGGAAAAGUAUUUCCCGUUACAGGACGGGCGAAAGCUGAGUUUUGGUGGUAUGCACGGGAUCCCGAUGGUCGCCAGCAGUCCUGUCAGACACGAGAGCCCAAUAAGCAUGACGCCCCUCGAGGUUCAGGCUUAUCAACCGCCCUGGAAGGCACUUUCGGACUUUGUGUCGCACCCGGACCUCGACAGGCUCGAUCCGAACGCCCCGCCUUUUUACCAUUUAGUAUCCCAGAUGCACGGUUACGAUUUGCACGGAAGUCCGCCCCAGCAUCCACCGCCUGCAUUGUUAGGCGGUCCGAUGAACGAUGGGAGCGGAGGUGGUUCGCUGCAGCCGUUAGAGCCGCUGCACCAGGGCGGUGGUCCAAACGACAUGGGACAACACGGGUUGGACAGUAACGAUCACUACGUAACUUACCUCGAGAGUGACAGCGACUCGCUGCACCACGAGACGCGGAGUCCAUAGUGUUACCCUUUGAAUUUAAGAUGUAGAUAAAAGGAAAAGAAAAAGGUCGAUAAUAUAUGAGAAAAUAAUGUGCAAGAAUUAAGGAGAAUUAAAGAAACAGAACUUGACGAAGAAAGAAAGUGUGAAAAGAAAAAAUCACAACUUCUGGAAGGUUUUCAGAAGAAAGGAUAACUCAAAGGUUGACACGAGUUGACACACUGACAAUUGAAGAAAGUAGUCCAUUUCCGUCAAUCGAAAAGUUUUUUCGCAAAACCGAAAAUGUGCCCUUCCCUCAAAACAUUUUUCACGAACGAAACAAGGACAAAGCAAACAAAGCACAAAAAUAAUAAAGAACGGAGAAUAAAAAACCGUUUCGUUUUUCAAUAAUUAUCGAAUCUCUAAUGUAAAUAGCGCAGAGAAAACAAACGAAAUUUCUGUGGUUCGAAAAAGAAUGGAAAUCAAGCCUCAAGUUCCACGCAGUUCCUUAUUUUUGAGCGUCUCGAAAGCACAUCCAAAAUUGUCCGAGCAUCAAAGCUCUUGUGCGCAUAGAGAAAGGUCUCGAAAUUUCAUCGCCAUGUACAGUUUAAUAAUGUUACGAGAAGAACGAUAAUAACGAGACAGAAAAUAAAUAUAAUUGCGACGAAACUUGCUAACUGACGUUUAAAGUUCAAGCGAUUCUCUAUCAUUGGCUAUGCCAAACCAGAAGUUCGAAAUCAAAAAGAAUAAAUAAAUGAAUUCCUAUUUAUAUUGAGUUUACAUACGAAUAUUUGUCGAAUAAAGAUUCCUGUAAAUUACGUGACAGUGAGAAAAACCCUCGAAUUUCUGUAUUCCAUAAAAACCCUAGGAAACGCCCUAGAAAAAAACGUUGUUUUCGCCUCCUUUUAUUUUCCCUCUGUUCCCAAGAAUCUUCUAUACAACUCAGUAUAAAAAGCGAUUUCGAACAUUUGAUUAUUUAAAAUACCAAAGUACGGCCAAGUCGCAGUAUAAAAGCCCUGAUAUGUAAAUAUGAGAAUGGCAAAGAAAAUAAUCGAAAGAAAUAAAAUCACUGAUACGAGAACGUAAUGGGAGAAAAACACACAUUAAUCUAUGAAGAAAGUAGAAUAAAUGAUUAUUACGUGUAUAGUUGUAAUUCUAAGUGCGCUCAUUUCGCGUGCGCCUACUCCAACAUUUUUCGUUUUGGGUGCUGCUUGUAUAAAAACCAUUUUUCGAAACAAACAAAAAGAAAAACAAACAAACGUUGUUACGCUAAUUAUUUAAAUAUUUAUGUGUAUGUAUGUAUUUUCAUAUAUAUACAUCAUGCAAAUAUCGUACCAGUAAAUACAUAUAAAAAUAAAUUUAUAUGUAAAUACAGAUAAAUAUAUAUAUAUACAUAAAUUGCGUAAUAUGCUCCCCUGGUAAAUGUACAUGUUGAAAAUUGCUUACGUUUGAUGAAAAAGCAGAUUUACGUUUGGACGAUUCUCGAAUUUGUAUAAUAUUUCUAUACCGGCACAAGUGUAUGGGUUUAAUAAAGUGGCGAAACAAAUUGAUAAAGUUGUAGAAAAAAACAA